AUGGAUACGAAAACACUUUCUUUCGUGGGUAACUUUACUUUCGAUGUACGCGAUCAGUCUGAUCUCUACUAUUUUGUUGGUGGUCCAGUCGCUGUAAAUCCAGAUCUAAGUCUUAUUUAUAUGCCUAUUACCGGUGCGACCUCGUUUCAACGUCUUUUUCUAUUAGCUUACAACUAUAAUACAAGCACGUACUAUCAAAGUCCUUGGAUGUACAACGAUGGUAAUAUUGCUUUUCUUUAUUACGAUCCCGUUCGAAAACGAUUAUUUGGUUUGAGAGAUAGAAGUACAUUUACAUUUUUCAUUGAAGAAUAUGAUUUACAAAGUCUUAAUGUAACUAAAUUAUAUACAAAACAGGAUGGUGAAAAAUAUGCAUUUAGUUUUGCUGCAUGUACUUGUUUUGAUUAUAAUGAAAAUUGGAUUAUACAAGUUCGAACACGUUUUGAAGGUGACACAGUCAAUGCUUAUUGGAUUAAAAUGGAUUUGAAUUUAGUUGGUCAAAAAGAAGAUAUUGUUACUGAUUUUCAUUUGAUGCCAAAUGUUAAUAAUUUUCUUACAAUGACCUACGAUAUUCAACAAACAAAAUUAAUUUUGGGCACAUGGCAACAUGGUUCAAUCGAACUAGAUGUAUACAUGUUUCAUUUAGAUCCAAAGGAAAGUGGAAAAUUUCCUUAUCGAAAUGAAAAUCUAACAUUAUUAUUUAAAACAAAUGGAGAAAAUGUAGAAAUGAUGGAUAGUGUCUGGAAUCCAGUGUUGAGAGAAGUUCUUUUUAUUAUUCAAACUCGCGAUGAUCACACAUUUGAAACAACAAAUUAUAUGUUAAGAGUAGAAUUCGAUACAUUGCAUAUAUUGGAAAAAAGUAAAAUAACAGACGAACAAUUACCACUUUUUGAAUUAUGGGAAUAUUUUUAUAUGUAA